AUGACUGGUUCAAACACAUCUAAUAUGACAGGCUUGGGACUUGUCACAGUUCAACGAGACGAACCCGAGGCUUCGAAAGGAAGGGAGGUUACCCUAUGUGAUAAGCACAUCGCCCAAUUGUCGCAACAAGUGGCUAACCUGCAAGGUGAAAUUGAACGGCUUCGGAACCUUACCAAUCUUUCUAUCAGCCUCAACACACCACUUCCCGAAGAAAGGACAAAUGCACUUAUCCCACCACAUUUCCCAUCUUUUGACCCACCUAUCCAGGAACACCUUCCAUCAAACCUUCCACUUCACAACAACAAGCCAACAUCCACUAACGCACAUGCUAACCCGCAACAAGCCAACCCAUCGACUUUUACCACAUCAUAUGUUUCCCAACCACCACCAGCCCAAAGCACCCCGCUAACCCAAAAUCACCAUGUAACCCAACACAUACCGAUGGCACACGUCGCUAUUCCUAACAUACAGCAUGUGCCUCCGGUAUAUGUAGCGGAAGCACAACCUUUUACUACCCCUAUGCCUCACCAACUUCACUCUGAAGUGUAUCAGUAUCAGGAAGCAGGAAAAGAAGUAAGGGCCAAAGCCGACGAGUAUAUGGCGAAGGAGAUCCGUGAGUUAAAGGAAGCAUUGAAAAGUCUAAAAACCGUUAGGAGUAUGGAAGGUUUGGAGUAUGAGGAUCUAUGUGUUCAUCCCGAUGUCAAUUUACCCGCAAGAUAUAAAGUACCAAAAUUUGACAUGUUUGGUGGAAAAGGAAACCCACGAGCUCAUUUGAGGUCGUAUUGUGAUAAGUUAGUUGGAGUGGGAAAGGAUGAAGCUAUCAGGAUGAAGCUUUUUAUAAGGAGUCUUACAGGGGAAGCCCUUGAUUGGUACACAAGUCAAGACCUACAAAAAUGGCGCAGCUGGAGUGUCAUGGCACAAAAAUUCAUGGACAGAUUCAGAUUUAACACCGAGACCAACCCAGAUAGGUUCUAUUUGAUGACGUUGGAGAAGAAAACAACAGAAUCCUUUAGAGAGUAUGCCAUGAGAUGGAGGGCAGAAGCAGCAAGAGUCCAACCCCCGAUGGGAGAAGAUGAGAUGACCACUACUUUUAUUCGAUCUCAAACGGAUGCAACGUACUAUGAGAGAUUGAUAAGCAUGCUGGGGCAGAAAUUCUCGGAAGUUGUUAGGAUGGGAGACGUUAUAGAGGAAGGUCUCAAAUCAGGAAAGAUUACAAACUUGGCAGCACUACGAGCAACGAGUAAGGCAAUCCAGUCAGGAACUAUUGGAGGAGCAA